AUGGCGGCCCUGGGGCCCAGGAGCAAGCCCCUCGUCCCCGCGCUGUGCCGCGCCUUUGCCGACUGCGGCCGCCAGCUCACCCCGGAGUGCGCCGCCGAGCGCAGGGACGCGGCACCCAGCAGGGCCUCAAGAUUCUGCCCACCAAGACAGUCUUGCCAUGACUGGAUCGGACCCCCAGACAGACAGUCCAACCUCCGACCUGUUCAGUUCUACGUCCCCGAAGAUGAGUCACCCUUGGAACAGAGGCUGCGGGAGCUAAGACAAGAAACACAGGAAUGGAACCAGGAGUUCUGGGCAAAUCAGAAUUCAACUUUUAUGAAGGAGAAAGAAGAGUUCAUCCACUCGAGGCUGAAGGCGAAAGGCCUGGCACUGAGGACUGAGUCAGGUCAAAGGGCAACACUGAAUGCAGAAGAAAUGGCUGAUUUUUACAAGGACUUUCUCAGUAAGAAUUUCCAGAAGCAUAUGUAUUAUAACAGAGACUGGUACAGACGCAACUUUGCCAUCACCGUCUUCAUGGGGAGAGUGGCCCUGCACAGGGCCUGGAAGCGGCUCCGCUCAGGCCGGCGAUGACCCAGCGAGCCUGGAGCCUGAUGACUGCCGUGCUAGACCUGCCGCCGCAUCCCAGAUGGCUGGUGUCUCCGAGGGUCCCAAAGUGCAGGCACGGUCC